UUCCCGUCAUCUUCAAUUUCACUUCGUUGUGGAUAGGGGAACAAAAAGAUACCUUGAUAGCAAAGAGUGUAAAGUAUGACCAUAUUAACCUCUUAGGGAAAGCAUCUCAUUCGUAGCGGCAUCUCCAACAAUGAUGCCUCACGUGGAGGAAUCGGUGAAAUUUUGAGCUGUUUUGGUCGUGAUAUGAGAAUGAGAAAUGGAGGAAAAAAUUAUUGUAAUUACAAAUGAACAAUAUACCCCACUUUAAAAGUGAAAGAGGAGAAUAAGAGAUCUCUAGUCUCUACCCUUAAAGUAUCGCCUACGAAGAUUAAACCCCAAUUUCAAAGUUCGAAGAUACAACCGAACAAUAUUUCCCAAUAGACCAUGAGCUUAAAUGUGGCGGUAAAGAAAAAGCCUUCUAGUUCUAACAGCUUCCGUCUCUCCACAGUCACACUGACGAAUAACGGCAGUUAAGUGUUUAAUCGCGCGCCAUUCUCAUUUUCUCUUCAAUGUGGCCAACAUUAUGCUACUAGGGUUUCGAAAUUUCAUCAAUUUUAGUUGUGUAGGGUUCCAGAAGAAUCUAAAAAUUCAUCAAGGGUUGUUUGCCAUUCAAGUACGAACAAUGGGUUCUGGUAAAAACGAGAAAUGGGCAAAAUUGUCAGUUGGUGCUAGUCCAAAUUCUCAGAAAAAUGUCUCAAAUGAAAAUGUUGUUGGAACCAAAUUAGCUGAAAUUUUGAGCAUGAAAAAUGACCCAGGAAAGCUGGAGAAUAUGACAGUUCAAGAGCUUAGAACUGCAUUAAGAAAUGUUGGAGCAUCCAGCAAAGGUCGCAAACAAGAGCUCAUUUCGGCUUUGAAAACUAUUUUGGAAGAAGGCAUUGAUGGUAAAAAUUCUUUGCUAAGUGAGAAUGAGUCUUUAGAGGAGAAUGCAUCAAAUCAAAUAAGCUCACCAAAACGUAAACGGAGUAAAACGAAUGAAAAAGAUGUUGCUGAUGAGAAUUUGGAGAUUGAUAUUGGCAUCAAGACUGUGAAGCAAAGUACAUCAGUAGAGACUAGUGAUGUCUCUGGAAAAAAGCGUACUACAAAAAGAAAAGUGGCUGCAGGCUCUGCUAGCGUUCAUGUGGAAGUUUCUCAAGAGGUUAAUGAAUCUUCUUAUGAGAAGGAACCAUGGACAAGGUUUGCCCACAAAAAGCCUCAGAAAGGUUGGGUUGCUUAUAAUCCAAAGACCAUGAGGCCACCUCCUCUUACACGUGAUACUAAUGUUGUGAAGCUGUUGUCUUGGAAUGUAAAUGGUUUGAGGGCAUUACUCAAGUUGGAGGGAUUCUCUGCACUUGAGCUUGCACAAAGAGAGGAUUUUGAUGUUUUGUGCUUGCAGGAGACCAAAUUACAGGAGAAAGAUGUUGAAACAGUCAGAGAUCUUUUGGAAGGCUAUGAAAACAGUUUUUGGACGUGCAGUAUAGCAAAAGCUGGAUACUCUGGUACAGCAAUUGUUUCCCGGGUUAAACCUUUGUCAGUGAAAUAUGGCCUUGGAAUAGCAGACCAUGAUACUGAGGGGCGUGUAGUAACAGCAGAGUUUGAUUCAUAUUAUCUAUUGUGUGUAUAUGUUCCCAAUUCUGGGGAUGGUCUCAAGAGAUUGUCAUACAGGAUUAAAGAAUGGGACCCGUCGCUCAGCCAGUAUGUAAAAGAACUAGAAAAGUCGAAGCCUGUAAUUUUGACUGGUGAUCUGAACUGUGCACAUCAAGAGAUUGACAUUUAUAACCCUGCUGGAAACAAGAGGAGUGCUGGAUUUACAAUGGAAGAAAGGGAAUCAUUUGAGAAGAACUUCCUGUCCCAGGGAUUUGUGGACACUUUCAGAAUCCAGCAUCCCAAUGUUGUGGGAUAUACUUAUUGGGGCUACAGGCAUGGUGGACGUAAAACUAACAGAGGAUGGCGGCUUGACUACUUUCUAGUCUCAGGAUCAAUAGCUGACAGUGUUCAUGACUCCUAUAUUCUCCCAGAUGUCAAUGGUAGUGACCACUGUCCCAUUGGCCUUGUAAUCAAAUGCUAGCCCACCCAUAUGGCCAUAUAUAACUCAUCAAGUGGGACACAUGUUGAGGCUCGUGAAGCAAAACACUUCUUGAUGGUGCAAUUUUGACAUCAGUGCUGCAAUUCUUGCGUGCUCCUUUCUAACUUUAUGAAUCGCAGGACGAAGCAAUUGUUCUUCACCUUUGACGCACUGCAUUGAGCAUUCACUAUUAUUGGGACGUGAGGAAGUCGGCUGGAUUCUGGAAAAGGGUCGUCACAAAGUUUACACGGGGUUGGUUCAAUUUUGCAAUCAGAGCCUUUUCAUCCUUGUAAGCUUGUCCGUGCAGUGUGCCCUAGUUGAGUCUUGUUCACUUGUGAUGUUAUAACUUAAAUGUAAAUCAAGUAUUUACACAUGUUAUUGUCUUCUUUUUAUUGUUUAUGCAUUGCUAGCUGAUGUUCAUGGUUAAAUGCUCGCAUGAAAGUUGAUAGAUAAAAGAUUAAUCAUGAUCCUAGGUCCAUAGUGAUCCCUCAGUUCCUUAACGAUUGCACAUGAGAAAGGAACCCUUUUAAGUUUUAACCAUUGAAGAAAGGAGGACCUUAGCUCCUUAGUAUCCUUUUGAUUGAACUUUUUCGCCCAA